AUGAAGGUACCGCCCGCUACGUUUGAAGAGGCUAUGCAGCGUCCGGACAGGAACGAGUGGCUGUCAGCUAUGCAAGCAGAACUCGGAAUCAUGAAGGAGAUGAGUGUCUACCGUGUCGUGCCGCUCCCAGAGGGACGCAAAGCAAUAGGAAAUAGAUGGGUGCUGGAAUUUAAAGAGGACAACAAGGGAGGUUCAGCGUAUAAAGCGCUGAAGGUACAACAAUUCAGAGAGUGA